CAUGUGGACUCAAUCCGGUGAGAAGUUUUAUAUUCGAGCAGUCAAAGAUAUCAGCGCACACAGAAGUAGCAUGGAUUUUUAAUUGUAUCACACCAAUGAGUUGGUUAUCGCGAAUGACCCAAUGGAAGGCAAAAAUUAAAUUAAAUAAAAAUAUCCAAUCCAUCGAUGAUGAUGUACUUUCAUCUUCAGGCUUACGUUUGGGAUUAUUUUCUUAUCCAGUAUUACAAGCUGCUGACAUUCUGCUUUACAAUUUUAGAGCGACACAUGUACCAAUUGGUGAAGAUCAAGUCCAACACUUGGAAUUAACAAGAGACAUCGCUGUAACAUUUAAUAAGAUGUUUCAUCAAAAUGUAUUUCCUUUACCAUUACCAAUUAUGACAUCGGCAAAGCGAAUAAUGUCACUUUAUGAUCCUUCAAAAAAAAUGUCUAAAUCUGAUCCACAAAACACUCGGAUAAAUUUAAAUGAUUCUCCAACAAUAAUUGCUGAAAAAAUUAAAAAGUCAACAUCCGAUUCCUUAAAAUGCAUCACUUAUGACCCAAUAACAAGACCGGCCAUAGCAAAUUUAAUCACCAUCUAUGCAGUUACGCAAGAAAUAACUGUUGAUCAAGUUAUAGCUGAGCAUAGUGAAA